AUGAAAGAGGAGGCCGUGGAAUCGGACGAUAGCAUGGAGGACGAUGAACUUAUGUCGAGUGCAACUGAGGAUGAUAAGAAGAAGAAGGGUGGUGGUUCUGGGGCGACGAAGAAAGGGUCGAGUGGUGGCACGAAUUCAAUGAGGUGUUGCCAAGCAGAGAAGUGCACGGUUGAUUUGAAUGAUGCUAAGACUUAUCAUCGACGGCAUAGAGUCUGCGAGCAGCACGCGAAGGCGGCAGUGGCCAUUGUUGCCGGAAUUCGACAAAGGUUUUGUCAGCAAUGCAGCAGAUUUCAUGAGGUAUCGGAAUUUGAUGAAGCGAAAAGAAGUUGCCGGAGACGUCUGGCCGGACACAACGAAAGGAGGAGGAAAAAUUCAGUUGAUUCUCACUCAACAGAAGGAGGGUCAAGCAGGAUAGGAAAUCAAAUUUGUGGGCAGACUAAGAACUCUCAGGUUGAAUGGAUCCCACCCAUGAAGGUCCUCGGAUCAGGGCAAUUGCCUGAGAACUGUGCCUGUGAGAAGUCGAAUCCUGGAUUCUGCAUCGAGAAACUUUGCAUUAUAGAAGCAAUGGGAAAAUAUAAAUCAGGAUUGAGAAGACUAAACCCAAGGACGAGAAAAAUGGCAGAGAAAUUGGCUCCAGAGCAACGUCACAGCUUCGUCCAUAAUGGCCAGAAAGUGUUCGAGUGGGAUCAAACGUUGGAAGAGGUGAAUAUGUACAUAACCCUUCCACCAAAUGUUCCUAAGAAACUAUUUCACUGUAAGAUUGAUUCCAAUCAUGUCCAAGUUGGGAUUAAAGGAAACCCUCCUUAUCUUGAUCAUGAUCUUACCUGCCCAGUGAAGACAGAUUGUUCAUUUUGGACUCUAGAGGAUGAUGUAAUGCAUAUAACUUUUCAGAAGAGGGACAAAGGUCAGACAUGGUCUUCUCCUAUUGUGGGUCAAGGCCAGUUGGAUGCUUACGCCACAGAUCUUGAACAAAAGCGUCUCAUGCUUCAACGAUUUCAAGAGGAGGUGAAGAAGAAGAAGAAGGAUCCAGUGGUCGACGUUGCGGAGGAAGAGCUCGAGCACGAAAUGGAGGAUCUCAAGGCCAAGGUCAAUUCUAGAAGCCGGAGCUAUUGA